AUGAAACUCAUCGUUACUGGUGCGACUGGUCUGCUGGGCACCGAGAUCAUUCGGCAGACCCUGCACAUACCCGAGAUCACCGAAGUCAUCGCCUUGGCCCGCAAACCUGUCCAACUUGAUGAGGGUGUUGACUCCUCGAAGAUAAAGAGUGUGAUCAUACGGGACUAUGGGGACUAUGCCGAUGACGUCAAGGCCGAGUUCGCCGGUGCCGAUGCAUGCAUCUGGACUGUCGCUAUCACACCAUUUCGUCUUGGAAAGUUCGAUUUUGCAGAAGUCAAACGCGUUUGCCAAGAUUGCACGAAGAGUGGCUUCGAUGCCAUGUACCAGGCCGGACCUUCACGUCCCUUCCGCUUCAUCUAUCUCAGCGCCGAAGGUACACCGAGGGAUCCAACUAAGAAGCCUGCUGUCUGGGGCGACUAUCAAGUAAUGCGGUGCAAUACCGAACUGAUGGUGCUUAAAUUUCCAGCUCAGAACCAGGGAGUAGAGGUCUGUAUCGCUCAACCUGGAGUUAUUACCAAUUCCACCACUUGGUCGAGGGCUCUGGUGGCGAACAUCUUCCGCGCCUUCAACGUUGUUGGUCGACCGUUCCCCAACAUCCAUCGGAGUGAGCUCGCAGCGGCAGUACUGAAUCAGGCUGUGAAUGGCUUCGAAAAAGAGACCCUUCUCAACAACGAACUCGUCCGUAUUGGACAGAAAGCACUGAAGUCUCAGCGUGGGGGUCAAGAU